GGCGGAGGGGCGUGGCUUGGCGGCGCUGGGCGUGGCGGUGCGGGCGGUGGGCGGUGCCACGAGCGGGCUGGCGGUUGGGUUGGGUAGGGGUGAGGUUGGCUAUUGGGAGCCGUCGUUUCUCGCUCCGCCACCAUGGACUCGCGUAAGCUGAGCGAGCUGCGGGCCUUCGUCAGGCUGUGUAAGCAGAACCCGGGCCUGCUGCACACCGAAGAGCUGGGCUUCCUGCGCGAGUGGGUGGAGAGCAUGGGAGGCACAAUACCACCUGCUCCAGCCAGUACUUCUGCAGAUGAGACAAGUAAGGGCAAAGCAGAAGAACAGCCAGAGGAACCAGUUAAAUCUCCUGAGCCAGAAAGUGAAGAGAGUGACUUAGAAAUUGACAAUGAGGGAGUGAUUGAACCUGAUAAUGAUGAACCUCAAGAAAUGGGAGAUGAAAACGUGGAGGUAACUGAAGAGAUGAUGGAUCAAGCUAAUGAGAAAAAGAUGGAAGCUAUCAAUGCCCUAAGUGAAGGUGAACUUCAGAAGGCUGUCGAUUUGUUCACAGAUGCUAUCAAGCUGAAUCCUUGUUUGGCUAUCUUGUAUGCCAAGAGAGCAAGUGUUUUUGUGAAACUACAGAAGCCAAAUGCUGCCAUUAGAGAUUGCGACAGAGCCAUCAAGAUUAAUCCUGACUCAGCACAGACUUAUAAAUGGAGGGGGAAAGCGCAUAGACUUCUGGGUCACUGGGAGGAGGCUGCUCAUGAUCUCGCUCUAGCCUGUAAACUGGAUUAUGAUGAAGAUGCUAGUGCCAUGCUGAAGGAGGUGCAGCCAAGGGCUCAGAAAAUUGCAGAACAUCGCCGAAAGUAUGAACGGAAACGUGAAGAAAAGGAAAUCAAAGAGAGAAUGGAAAGAGUGAAGAAGGCACGAGAGGAGCAUGAGAGAGCACAAAGGGAGGAAGAAGCAAGACGACAAGCAGGAGGAGCUCAAUUUGGUGGUUUCCCAGGUGGUUUCCCAGGUGGAUUUCCUGGGGCUAUGCCUGGAGGUAUGCCGGGAAUGGCAGGUAUGCCAGGUCUCAACGAGAUUCUCAGUGAUCCAGAAGUCCUUGCAGCCAUGCAAGAUCCAGAAGUUAUGGCUGCAUUCCAAGAUGUUGCCCAGAACCCAGCAAAUAUGUCCAAGUACCAGAACAAUCCCAAGGUCAUGAGUCUCAUCAGUAAAUUGUCUGCUAAAUUUGGCAGUAAACCGUAAAAUCCCCGGUUCAUACAAAUAAUUUUUGAGUGGGAAGGAUUGAUUUGGCUAACCAGUGUUGCAAUAAAACAAACCAUUGUACCUCUGAUCUUCUUAAGAAGAGAAAUUGUUUGUUCUAAGGAGAACUGCUCUCUAGCCCCAAAUGUUGACUUUAUUAAGUGAUUGGUUUACAGCACUCAAAUUAUAUUCAGAUGACCUAGUUUAAGCCAUGCCUCCUUGUCCAAGAAUUGCAACGUUUUAUGGCAAGUAUGAAAUACAGUUUAACAUUCCUAUGAGUGUAAUAUUCCAGGAGUGUAA